GUCUGAUAGCAGAGGCUGAUAACUUGCGUUACAAAACGGAAGCAAUUGUGCGUCUAAUUCAGUGAUGGUGAUCAAUACCGUUAUCUACAUUCAUUAGGUCAGUGUGUUGUGUUCUGAAGGUUGUGCCACACAUAAAACAGUGUUUAUUGUAAUGAAAGAAAGCUAGAGAUGACUGUUUAAAUUCGAAUGAACAUCGCAGCAUUAAGGUCUAAUGCACCGUAUCAGCGUGAAUGUGAAAUGGAGCACCAAUGAAAUCAACUUAUUGCGCCUAAAAUGUUAAACUUUAGUAUCGAGACGUCACGUAAGGUUAAGUCGAGCUACAAGGGACAGCGGACAUGGUAGAGAACGCCAUGACACGGGACAGCGAAAUACCGGCCAUCUUCAACCCGAAACGCGUUCGUGCUCCGUCUGUUGUGGUGACAGGAGACUCCCCAAAUGGACCCUUUGGAGGUUUCACGAACAACGUGCCACAGAUUACACACUCGGAUUCGGUGACCUCGAGCCAACACGAUGGUCAGGACAGUCUGAUCGGCAUCACGGUGACCGGCGGAAUGCACGGCGGCUGUGAUACACCGACCUCACAGCCACAUGCACUCCUCGGUGGCGGCGGCGGUCUGGGAGCGGGCAUCGGUGGUGGCCCUGGCUCAGCGAAUCCGGCACCCUCGAGUCCUCCCUCCACCUCGCGGCUAAAGGCCUGUCGGGCUUCGUGCUGCUCGGAGUUGGCGCAGAAGAUGUACUUCGGCGUGUGCGUAACAGUGCUCGUGACGGCCUCGUGGGUCGGUGCAACACACUGCAUCAAGUUCCUGUACCUGCGCCGAAAUACCUACGCUUCCACAUUACCUCCGCACCUGACCGCGUUCAUUACCGACGGAACGACUGACACGGUACCGGGUGGUGCGGCACCAGACCAAAACUCCACCUCCGCCAUGAUAGUGCACGGGUUCGGACCAACCUCGUCGUUUCUGCCCUCGACGGCCAAACCGAUCGUUACAUCCGAUCGGAUCACACCCCCGGUAACGGCGCACGUCUUCAACGCGCCCUUCUUUGCCUCGUGGUUCUGCACCAACUUCGCAAUACUCUUCUUCCCGAUCUACAUUCUAGGACGGGUUGCGAUUAAAAAGUGCGAUGGAACCGGCGAAGUGUUAGGCGAAAUUCUGCGAGGCUUCCGUGACCGCGGUUUCACCAUAGGGCGCUUCCUGAACCGCUGUCUCACGUUCUGCAUCCUGUGGCUGCUCACCACGUAUCUGUACGCACUCUCGCUCAAGGCGCUGCUGGCCACCGACGUUAUGGCACUGUUCGCGACAAACGUCGCCUGCGUGUACUUGCUGGCCUGGGUGAUACUUCAGGAACAGUUCGUCGGUGUGCGGAUUGUCGCUGUGAUACUUUGUGAUACGGGUAUUGCGCUGCUAGCCUACAUGGACGGAAUUACGGGUAGCCCGACGCUGGGCGGAGUGGUCUUGGCAGCCCUGGCCGCCGCGGGAUAUGCCGUCUUCAAAGUAAUGUUUCGCAAGGUGAUGGGCGAUCCACCCGUCGGUCAGAUUGCGUUCACCUUCUCGAUUAUCGGCUUUCUGAACGCGGCUAUCUUGUGGCCCGUCUGCAUAGCGCUCUACUUUACCGGCGCCGAAAUUAUGCCCUGGGAAACCCUUCCCUGGGUGGUCCUGUUGAUGGCCAGUGUGUUACUGCUAGUAUUUCACAUCCUUACGCAGUUCAGCAGUGCCGUUACGUACAACAUGUUUGUCACCCUGGGACUCAUAACGGCUGUACCCGUCUCGGCUGCACUCGACAUUGUGCUGUACGGGGCUCACUUCGCCGGUAUGAAGCUGGCCGGUAUCAUAUUGAUAGCAGUCGGUUUCUUCCUCGUAAUGUUUCCGGACAAUUGGCCCGAUUACAUCACCCGUUUGCUGCGAAAAACUGGUCGCGCAUUACUAAGAAACCAAUGUUGUUGUGAUACUGCUGAUAAUGAUUACGAAAAUUCGAAAUAUCAUCUUGUUGGGUCACAACGCGAGAUGGGGUCGUCAUCCUCGAAGCGGAACUCCAUCGCAGCAUCGCGACGUCAUCGACUAUCGGACGGGCUACAUUCGAUCGCAUCUUCGCUCUCCCUCUGGCCGGGUGAGAUGACCGAUCUGCAGCAGCAGCAACAACAGCACCAAUUGCACCAUCAGCAGAGUCUGCAACACUUUCAGCACAUUCUGCGCAACGACAGUAGCAGCGAUUUCGUUGGUCUAAACCCGCACGCAAAACUGCGACACUAUUCGCUCACGGAAAUGACCACAAACUUCAUGCGCAAGCCAGGAUCAAUCAGACUUAGCCCAGGGCUGGGUACCGGCAGUGGACCCAACUCACUGUCGGCCACAUCCAGUCAUCGCUAUCCAUCGAUGAACGGACGUAGCAGCUCUUACGGCUCGUUGGAGUAACGAUCUCGCAAACAAUGCGAUACUUCAGCAAACGGUUUUAGGACAAUCUUCAAGCAAGCUGCGAUACACAAUAUUUCUAAGUUUCGUGCACUUAGAAGUAGCAAGCUUCGUUAAACAUAGGACAGGUGUUUUUGACUUAUACCAAUUGGUUAGCUUUCGGGACCGUACUCAUGAAUUAUUCGUCACUAGUGUUAUGAUUCAUUUAGACUUUAAAGUUAAAUGGAUUGCAAUUACAAAAAAAAACAUAACAUUCACAGUAAUCAUAGAAUUCGUUCCGUUCAGAGCAAUGCCCGCAACGAUCCAGGCACAGCGAUACACAGCAAACAUGUUGGUGGUUUUCAAAUGUCUGAUAACAGCUGACCCUAGAUAAUAGUGUAGCAUUCUAUCAAGUACUACACAAAAGUCACGGCAAAAACGUAUCGCAACGGUUUUUCGAUGCAAUAAGAACACAUUCACUCAAACGUGCACAUAUUCUUUAAAAUAAUGUACAGAGUUCAUUGCUAAUUUCAACGUAACAUAUAAAGGAGCAAAAAGAAUAGGAGAUGACCGAUACUCAUUUGAUAUUAGUAUGCUAAUAUGAAGGAUACUUCUCCUACUCCAGGAACAUAUACUAAUAGUCUCGAAAUCUAGGAUAGUUGGUACCCGUUUUUACAGCAUCUGUUUGUAGCUUACCCGUUUCUAAAACAACCCCUAUUCGGAAUUGAUGUUCCCGGUGAUAGAGAAAAAAAUUGUUAAUAGUUCACCUAGAUUAAGACCCAGCUGACUUUCGUUCCGGUGUUAAGUCGAUUUUAUCUCACGAAAGGUUAGAAUCAAUGUUAACGAACAACAAGUGUUUUGUGCUAGCUACAUAUUUCUGGUUGGAAUUCGUUGUGAGUGUAACGUUUUCAGCAUACCAACUGACUCUAGGAAGGAGAAAACAUGGCAAUCGAAUAAUAGGUUAAGGUGCAGUUGAUUCCAUCGAAGUUAUCACAUUAUUGACCAUUCCAAACGUAUUUACAAAAAAUCGAGCAUACACAACGAAUCCAUUCCUGUAAAACGCAGUUCAAAUCGUGCACAUUAAUGCAAUGAUAAGAUAGUUGGAAAACUUUUGAAACCCUGAAAAUCUAAUAUCAGUAAAAAGGUUGCAAU